GAGGCGGGAGCCCGCAGGAGCUCCGCAGAGGAGCCGCCGCCGCCUCGCAACAGGUGCCGGGGGAUGUGCGCCCCGCCGGCCGGCGCAAGGGGCAGCCCCGCCGCGGCCCAAGACGCCCAGGAUGAGCUCGGCCACGGCAGCAGCUUCCCAGCGACAGGCUGUGCACAGCCACUUGGAGGCACCCGCUGGAGCCGCCAUCCUUUGCCACAACUGUGGGAGCCCCUGCAAAGGAGAAGUGCUGCGAGUGCAGAAGAAGUAUUUCCACAUUAAGUGUUUCGUUUGCAAAGCGUGCGGCUGUGACUUGGCCCAGGGGGGCUUCUUUGUCCGACAAGGGGAUUACGUCUGCACGUCGGACUACCAGCGGCUCUACGGCACUCGGUGCUUCAGCUGUGACGGGUUCAUUGAGGGCGAGGUGGUCUCUGCCCUGGGGAAGACCUACCACCCAAACUGCUUCGUGUGCGUCCUCUGCAGGCAGCCGUUUCCUCCCGGGGACCGUGUGACUUUCAAUGGCAAGGAGUGCGUCUGCCAGAAAUGCUUUCUGCCCCCGGCUGGGGCCAGUUUUCCCGUCCUCCGAAAUUGCGGGAACUGUGGCUCCGAAAUCAAGAACGGCCAGUCUUUGGUGGCCUUGGGCAAGCAUUGGCACCUGACCUGCUUCAAGUGCAGGGUUUGUGGGAAACUUCUCACUGGGGAAUAUAUCAGCAGGGAUGGCGUUCCAUAUUGCGAAAGAGACUAUCAUGCUACAUUUGGGAUCCAGUGCGACCGUUGUGGGAAGUUUAUCACUGGGAGAGUUUUGGAGGCUGGAGAAAAGCAUUACCACCCGACCUGUGCCUCCUGUGAUAAGUGCAAGCAGAUGUUCGCUGAAGGAGAAGAGAUGUAUCUCCAAGGAUCGUCCAUUUGGCACCCAGCUUGUCGACAGGCAGCCAAAGUUGAAGAAAAGGCCAAGUUGCAGGAAACCCGAACAUCGUCUGAAAGCAUAAUUUCCGUACCCCCUUCAAGUACAUCGUGCUCCCCAAGCCGAAUAAUUUACGCCAAACUGGGGGAGGAAAUCCUUGACUACCGAGACUUGGCUGCCCUCCCUAAGAACAAGGCCAUCUACAACAUUGACCGUCCGGACAUGAUCUCCUACUCCCCCUACAUCAGCCACUCCACCAACGACCGGCGCAGCUAUGCCGAGGGAGACCAAGAGGAGCAGCCCCUCAAGCCCUGCCGGAUUUCGAGCCCCAGUUCCACCAGCUCGCUGGGCUAUGGGCGCACCACGCCUCUUUGCACUUCGCCUCCGAAUUUCAGCCGGGCAGGCAGUGAAAGUGGCCGGAGCACCCCCAGCUUAUCCCUCUGCUCAGACGGCAAAUCCGCAUCCUCCUCUCUCUAUCAGCAGGCUCCCAAACAUUUUCAUAUUCCAGAGGCUGGAAUAAAAGAUAACAUCUAUAGGAAACCCCCCAUCUACCGACAGCAUGGUACAGUCUGCUUUGCUCCCCUCCCUGGCUCAAGAAAAUCAGAUGGAGACGGGAGUUCUGAUCAAGACAGCCAGAAGGUAGAUUUCAGCAACAUCCAUACGGCAGCAGUCAGGCCUCUCUUUUGCAAUCCAGUGCUGUGAUAAAACCGCAGAGCAGAGGGAGGUCCUCAAACUUGGCAACUUGAAGACGUGU